GAAGAGAGUCGUAACUAAUUCACCAAUAUAAUUUUGCACGUUGGCGUCAUUCCUCGGGUGUCUACGCCAUCUCUUCCCACCAGUAGUCGCCAAUGGCUGCCUUUCCUCCCGGCUUUCUUCUCUUCCGGAACCCUAGCGCUACUCUCUACAUUGCCCGGGUAGCCCCCCGCGGCUUGGGCCUGGCCAAGAGAGCUCGUCUCGUGCCCGCCGACAGGCGCCCGAAGAAGUACGUCGUUCUAUCGGCUUCUCAUGAGGAACCGCAUUUGGAUAUUGAACUGGAGAAGGAUGAUGAUGACGUGAACAAAAACUCUGGAUUCUCACAAGAACAAUGGAAAGAGGCACUCAAUCGGUUCAAGGUGGAAGCCUUAAAAGUCAAAGCUGUCUCAGAAAAAGCAUAUGCAGUUUAUUCGAAGAAAAUUAUGGAAAUGUUGACGGACAAAGCUGAGAAGCUGAAGAUUCAAGCUGAUAGAGCACAAAAAGAUCUAAGUAUACUUGCUCAAGACAUGUCAAAAGAAGGGCAAGAGUAUCUUUCUGCCACUGAAAAAAAUUAUCCUGAUUUAAUUAAGGAAAUUACAGAGGCUUAUGCUUCACGGGAUAAAACCACUGCCAUUUACUCAAUCAGAGAGUUUUAUCUUGGAAUACCCUAUGGUUGUUUUCUCUCCAUUGGUGGUUUCUUAUAUUUCAUGCUCACUGGAAGCAUUCCUGCCAUCCGGUUUGGUGUGAUUCUUGGCAGUGCCAUUUUGGCUUUGAGUGUGUCAAGCAUGAGGUCAUGGAAGAAUGGAAAAGCAACACCUCUUCUUUUGAUCGGGCAAACUGCAAUUUCUACAAUUGUUUUCUUCAAGCAUUGGCAGUUGUGUUCUCAGAUGGGAUUAUUUUCAAAUCGUUUGAUGCUUCUUAUCAGUGGGGCAAUGCUGGGUUUCUAUGUCUAUAGAAUUGCAUCCGACUUCAACAAGUCUGAAAAAGUGGAGCAGAGUUCAGAAGCCUAACGGACACAGUUGAGAUCCUAAUUAGCAGGAUGAAUUAGUGAAGAUGACUCUGAAAGAAAGAUGCUGUCACCUGCCAUUGCUUUCUCUUCCUGUACGUACCAGAUGAUUGUGCUUGUUGACAUCAGGGGUUGUGAAAGUUUCUUGAAUUGUUGCAUCAUGCUCUCUCUCAGAUGUUGGGUAAUACAAUGAUACAUAAAUGAUUCCAUAUGUCGGGUUAGGGUAGCUAUUCUUUUUCUUUUGAGUUGCAUGUUAAUGGUGUUGCAGUUUCUCUUUGGAGUUGAAACAUUUUGCUCUUUUAUGUUAAUGUUCAACAUUAAUAGAGCACUAACUCAAAAUGACUGAGUUUGCCAGAGUAUGUUGUUUUUUCCAGACUAGUGAAGGGUGAGGUGACGAGAGGAUAUUGUAUCA